GUCCCUUCCGCGCGGGCGCGCGCACGCCGCCGUCCUCGUCGUUGUAAACGCUGCCGCUCUGGCUGGCCCUGGGGGCGGGGCUGUAGGGGAAAGUGCCAAAUCCUCUGAGUGAAGUGAGGAUUCUGCUGAGAGGAAAUGGCUGCCUCUUCAUCAUCCUCCUCAGCUGGUGGGGUCAGUGGAAGUUCUGUCACGGGAUCUGGUUUCAGUGUCUCAGACCUUGCCCCACCACGGAAAGCCCUUUUCACCUACCCCAAAGGAGCUGGAGAGAUGUUAGAAGAUGGCUCUGAGAGAUUUCUCUGCGAGUCGGUUUUCAGUUACCAAGUGGCAUCUACGCUUAAACAGGUGAAACACGAUCAGCAGGUUGCUCGGAUGGAAAAGUUAGCCGGUUUGGUAGAAGAGCUGGAGGCAGAUGAGUGGCGGUUUAAACCCAUCGAGCAGCUGCUGGGGUUCACACCCUCUUCAGGUUGACCUUGCCCGGAAGGCCGCCUCUGGUGCACGGCAAGCGCAGGGCCAGCGAGGGACUUUUCUGCAGCUUACACAGCCAUCCAGAGACUCACAGCUCCAUCGCUGAAUUGUUAAUUCACAUCCAUGCUUGGUUUCUCUUUAUCUGUCCACAAGCAACAAAUACUUAAAUGUGUGAUCUUGCAGGGAAAAUUUUUGUUUAUUUGUUUUAAAAAAAAGUAUUGAGAAUCAGAAUAAGACAAUCGGCAUCAGAGAACCUGAAGGUUUGGGUUUAAGAGAUAUUUAUAAAACAUUACAAGCCAGGUAGGACACACGCCGGAAUUGGCCAACUGAAUGACGUCUCUCCUGUCAUUCAUGCAGCGUGCCUGGAAUCCUCACCGGUCAAAUCCAAGAUCAGGAUCUGGAGUUACACAACACAGCGUUUCUGACCUAAAACAGUUCUUUUUGCAGAUGAAUGUGAUUUCAACUCAGGACCUGUCCAAAUGAGGAAUUUUAAAAUGUUCGGGUUUUUUUCUAUUUUUAGACAUCUAAUUCUAUAGAUUCUAACUUUUUCUAACCUCUUCUAGACAUGCCAAAUGCUGGCAAAUAGAAUUACUUUUUGAAUGUUGAAGCACUUGUAAAAAUAAAUCCGUGAGCAAAAUUCUUUUAAACAUAGAAAUCCUGAGUUCAUCUUGUUGGUGGGCUCAAGCAAUUCUGUAGCAAAUAAAUCCUCUGAAAGAGUUCCA